CAUUAGCGUCUACUGUGUAAACUGGGGAAACGGAUUUCUCCAAAGUGACUGGUGCAGAUUUGGUGCUCGCUCGGUAUAGCUUAGACUUAAAGUGCCCCAGAGUACAUGGGUUUUCAGUUCAGAAUAUAAUACUGUUGUUUUUGGUGGAUUCAUCACAUUUCGCUCCAUUGUAGUGAUAGGGGGGAAGAGUCACCCUCGACGUGGACGUGGUCAGUUGGCGUGUCCCGACUUGGAGUGACGGCUCUGCAGUCCUAUGAUUCCUCCUAAACGUUUUUUGCGCUUGCCCCUUUUCUAACAAACUAUAGCGCUAACUUUAGUUAUAUCGUGACCUAUUUACGCCUUCGUCGGAACUUGAGGACGGCCGGGGUCCAAGAUGUCUGUAGCGGGCUUGAAAAAACAGUUUUAUAAAGCCAGCCAGAUGGUAAGCGAGAAAGUUGGAGGUGCUGAAGGAACUAAACUAGAUGAUGACUUCAGAGACUUGGAACGGAAAGUAGAUGUGACCAGUAAAGCAGUGGUGGAGGUCAUCUCCAAGACAUCGGAGUACCUCCAGCCCAACCCAGCAUCACGGGCCAAGCUGUCCAUGUUGAACACAAUGUCUAAGAUCCGUGGUCAGGUGAAGAAUCCAGGCUACCCACAGGCCGAGGGCCUGUUAGGAGAGUGUAUGAGCAAGUAUGGACGGGAACUUGGAGAGGACACUAACUUUGGUGGAGCUCUCGUAGAUGUUGGAGAAGCCAUGAAGAGAUUGGCAGAAGUCAAAGACUCUCUAGACAUUGAUGUCAAACAGAACUUCAUUGAUCCAUUGCAAGGGCUCUGUGACAAGGACCUCAGAGAGAUACAGCACCACCUGAAGAAGCUGGAAGGCCGUCGCCUGGACUAUGAUUACAAAAAGAAACGUCAGGGCAAGAUCCCAGAUGAGGAGGUCCGACAGGCUCUGGAGAAGUUUCAUGAGUCAAAGGAAGUGGCUGAGACAAGCAUGUACAACCUGCUGGAGACUGAUAUAGAGCAGGUGAGUCAGCUCUCAUCUCUGGUGGAGUCCCAGCUGCAGUACCACAGGCAGGCUGUGCAGGUGCUGGAGGAGCUUUCUGACAAACUCAGAGACAGGAUGAACGAAGCUCAGUCUCGACCUAGACGUGAAUACACACCUAAACCCAAACCUAUCUUCGACUUCGGAAAUGACAAUCAUUCAAAUGGCAGCUACUCAACUUCAAUGGCCCAGCCACCUUCACGCAACUCAGCCCCGGAGCAGCCGAGCUGUAAGGCGUUGUAUGACUUUGAGCCAGAGAAUGAGGGAGAGCUGGGCUUCCACGAGGGCGAUAUCAUCACCCUGACCAAUCAGAUCGACGAGAACUGGUACGAGGGAAUGCUGAACGGCCAGUCGGGAUUCUUCCCUCUCAACUAUGUCGAGGUCCUUGUUCCGUUGCCACACUAAUAUAAAGAGAGCUAAAGAGCCAAGGAGGAGACUGACAGAGUGGAGGAGAAGGAGAAGAGGGCAAGUAGAAUUAGUUCAGAGGGAGGAAAGUGAAGCCAAGGGAUGGUCAACAGAAUAUGCAUUUUCACCUUUAGCUCCAGCAUCGAGCACUUUUUGUCAUCUGGAGUUCUGGAGAAGACGCUCACGUUUCAAAGUCCAGACCAGAAUAUCAACUUAUUCCACUAAGGUAAAAUGAUCUAAGAUGGAUACAAAUAUUGCAUAUUAUCUGGCAGUCAGAAACAUUUCUUGAGGACUAACUAAUGAUACAUUUACAGUAAAUAUUUGUCUUUAACAACAAAUUACUGAUUUCGUAAAGACCAUUUGUACAGCCCAGAUUACAAAGAAGUUGGGAAGCUGUGAAAAACAUAAAUAAAAUGGAAUGUGAUCAUUUGAUAAUCCUUUUCGACAUACUCUCAGUUGAAAACAGUACAAAGGCGACAUAUUUAAUGUUUUACCUGAUCGGCUUCAUUGAUUUAUGUAAAUGCUUAUGCUUCAAACAAGUUGGGACAGGUUCAACAAAAGACUGGGAAAGUUCCGAUCUUCUAAAAAGAAAUACAAAAAAAAAAAAAAAAACCCACCUGUUUGGAACAUCCCACAGGUAAACAGGUUCAUUGAUAACAGAUGAUAGGUUGUGAUAGUAUCAUGAUUGGGUAUGUUAUGGGCAUCCUGGAAAGGCUCAGUCUGUAACAAGCAGGGAUGGGACAAGGUUCACCACUUUGUGAAAUCCAUCAUGAUGUAAACUAUAUUACUACAUGGGCUCAGGAACACUUUGUGAAACUGUUAGUAAAAACAGUUUUUAAGUGAUUGCAUUCUGGUUUUAUUUUUAUUUAUGUUUUACACAGCAUCCAAACUGUAAACGAUGUUCUAUUAAAUCUAGUAAUCAUGUGGAAUGGGGUGGCACAUUCAUAUCAUCUUUUUUGUUUGACAGUACAGUCUGUUUAAAACUCAGGUUGGUUCACCAGUAUAACAGUCACUUUUCAGACUGAAGAGUAAAUGUCAUAUGUAUCUUGACUGAACGUUAUCCUCAUUUCAAAAUGGAAAACCUUGUUUAUGGUCCCUUAAGGACUAGAGCUCAUCUCUUGAUGCCACCUGCUGGCAAGACUAGGAAUUAGUUUUACCUAAACUAAAUGAAACUACACAUGACUAGAAAAGUAGUUUAACUAGUUGAAUCUUAAAAAAAAAAUAAAUAAAUAAAAAAAUACUGCUUUCAUAUUUUUAAUGAAAAACAUGAGCCAAAAUUAGCCUCAGAUCUGUGAUUUAGGCUGUUUUCAGGUUUUGGCUUAUUUGUAAUGCUCUUUUUAAAGAUCCCUGUCUAAGCUGUGCACUGAUGAUAGCUCCAGAAGACAAUGGGCCUGAUACAGUGAUUUCCUUAUAUUGUUUCAGUAUUUGAUUUAUGUUGGUUCAACCUACCACGGUAGUUUAUUUUAAAGUAGAACUGCUUACUGAACAUGUGAGAAAAUGUUGUAAUUGCACCUUUGUCUUCAAAUGAGAUUGAAGCGUGUGUGUCUGACUUACUCCACCAAUACACACAGACCCCAAAGUUAAAUGCAGACAUUGCACCUUUUUGCCAGUUAAGGCAGGCAUGUAUUUGUUGUGUAAGAAUGAUUGCAAAAUGAUUAGUUAUUUAGUGGUUGUCUGCUAAUCUGUUCAGUAGAGGAGACAGAGCCAAAAAAGUUCUAAAAUGCAAUGGAAACAUAUCGCUUGCUUGUUGAACUGCUAACUAUUCUGUAACAUAGCCAUGUAUAUUCAUUUAGUUUGGGCAUGUUUGCCUUAGCACGUUAAACCUUUUCCUUUAUAUGGUAUCUUGAACCCCGUUUUAGGUGCCUGUUGACUCCAUGUCAAAUAGAUGAUGCUGCUGGCAGCGACUCAGUCAUUCAUAUUCAUCACUAACUGUCCCUUCUGUCUGCCCUCGUGUCUUUGAGAAUGUGAAACUCAUCUGUGCUUUGAAAUCUACCCUGUGAUUCUGUCUCACAACGGUUCUGAUUCCAUUUAUUUGUGAGUACAUUUGGCCGUAGUUAAUCUGUUCAGACAAGGCUGGUUUCUUGUCCUGGAUUUAGCCCCAGUCCACACCUGCAGAUGGAGUCUUAUCCAGCAUGCACUGUACGGUAUGAGGGAAAGACCUGGAGUGAAAGGGAAAACAUCAGCGGAAAAUAAGUAUAAGCUGAGAACUUUUGUUACCAAACGUAAAUCCUUAUCAAACAAUGUUGGUAUUGUGACUGAUUUUGAGUUGUUUGAGGGUGGAAAAAGUUUUAAUUGUGAAUGACAGCUGUGGGCUCUUUAACAUUUCCCCUCUUGUCUGUGUUUGUCCAUCACUCUGUGCUGCCGAAUCCUUGCCCCCACUCCUCGGUUUGGUCCUUGUCUAAAUAUGUUUACAUUUCUGAUCUUACCACAUUUCAAUGCUUGUAUCAAGUUCAGGGCAACGUUUAAGGACUGUAGGAGGUGCUGUGUUUGUCACACUGUUAUCAAAAAAAAAAAGAAAAGUCCUUGUUUUAGUGCCUUUGGAAAAGGAUUGAGGGAAAGUACUGCGACUAAUACAGCAACCAAAACCUAACCUUGCUACUUAAAAAGAAUGGUAAAGAAUUUCUCUUCUACGUUUGUCUUAUUUUUAGUCAUUGGCACCUCCAUGUGUGAAAAUGAAAUGCAUGUGUGCACAUUUCUGACACUACAAGCAGUUUCCUGGAUGUGUUGUUUAAACUAAUGUGAGAUUUUUCAGUAGACCACCAGUGGAAACUGUUUUUUAAAAUAGAUUUUAAUGCAUGUUUGAAAAGAAAUUGUCCCACUGAUUCCUUUUAUUUUAAAGGGCUAUGUAUUUGUUUAAUCAGUCUUAAGUGCUCCUUUAAACAGCAUUAAAUCAUUCUGGCUCUCUAUAGUAUUAUUUUUUAUAUACAAGACCUUAAAACAUUUGCAUGUAGUCCUAUAUUACACCUUGUUAAUGUGUGUCUUAGAUUUAAGUUGCCUUUUUACUUUUGGUAUGAGUACAAAAAUUAAACACAAUAUUUUGUCUUUUAUUAUCAGAGUAUUUGUACAUGCUUCUUUCUUGUCCCCUACUUCCCCUUCUUAAAAUAAAUACAAAAGGAAAAUGUC